GCAGAAUCGUCCCCCACAGCAACACGUCCAUCCCAAAAAGUUCGGUGCAGAAAAAGAGUCCAUCAACAGAUACUUUUCACCACUCCUGCUUCAGCAUUACCAUCUACACGACGCUGCGAACUCUGACAAGAUGGCCUCCCAAGUGGGCUCCAUUGCCCAGUUGCUGGAUGCAACUUUAGAUCCCAGCACCCACAAGAAAGCCGAGCAAGCCCUCAAGAUCGAACAGGGCAAACCGCAAUACUCCCUCAGCCUUCUCAACAUCGUCGCCUCAGAACCUCUUCCUCUCAAAACCCGUCUAGCCGCCGCCCUGGCCUUCAAGAACUUCAUCCGCUCCAACUGGGUCGAUGCCGACGGCAAUUACAAGCUCCCUGGCGAUGAAGUGCAAACGAUCAAGUCUCAGCUUAUUGGCCUGAUGAUUUCUUGCCCGUCCACCAUCCAGACCCAACUCGGCGAUGCCAUCAGCAUCAUUGCCGACUCCGACUUCUGGGAGCGCUGGCAGACACUGACCCAGGAGCUCGUCGAGCGCUUCUCCCCUGUCGACCCCAAGGUCAACAUUGGCGUCCUCGAGGUCGCCCACUCCAUUUUCGUCCGCUGGCGCCCUCUCUUCAGAACUGACGAGCUUUACACCGAGAUCAACCACGUCAUCAGCACCUUCGCCCAGCCCUUCGUGCAGCUUCUAGUGCAGACCGACGAGCAGAUUACCAAGAACACUCAGAACAAGGACGUCCUCAAGAGCUGGUUCGAGGCCCUGAGCCUCAUGAUCAAGAUUUUCUACGAUCUCUCCUCCCACGACAUGCCCCCGAUCUUCGAGGAACACCUGGCCUCCAUUUCCGAGCUGCUCCACAAGUACCUGACGUACACGAACCCGAUUCUCGAAACCGACGACGACAGCGAGGUUAGUGUCAUUGACACUGUCAAGGCGGAUAUCUGCGAGGCUUUGGAACUGUACACGCUCAAGUACGAUGAGGAUUUUGGAAAGUACACUGAGCCCUUUAUCACCAACGCUUGGAACCUGCUCUCCAGCACUGGUGCCGAGACCAAGUACGACUUAUUGGUCAGCAAGGCUCUGCACUUCUUGACAGCUGUCGCUGGCACCUCGCAGCACUCGGGCGUGUUCGCUGACGAGAACGUUCUGGGCCAAGUGGUCGAGAAGGUCAUUCUGCCCAACGUUGCUCUGCGCGAGUCCGACCUGGAGCUGUUCGAGGAUGAGCCUAUUGAGUACAUCCGCCGGGAUCUGGAGGGCUCAGACACCGAUUCUAGACGCCGCUCCGCCACGGAUUUCUUGAGGAGGCUUCAGGAGAAGUACGAACAGCUGGUCACUGGCGUUGUCUACAAGUACAUCAACCACUACCUGGAGCAGGGCAAGUCCGACUGGAAGGCCAAGGACACCGCCGUCUACCUAUUCAUCUCCAUUGCGGCCAAGGGCUCUGUUACAGCCACGCAGGGUGUCAAGACGGUUAACUCGUUGGUCAACGUUGUCGACUUUUUCGAGCAGCACAUCGCGUCCGACCUGAUGGCGAGUGGAGGCGUGGAGCCUAUCUCCAAGGUCGAUGCCAUCAAGUAUCUGCACACGUUCCGCAGUCAACUGACAAAGGAGCAAUGGAAGCUGGCAUUCCCCCCUCUUAUCCAGAAUCUGGCAUCCGACAACUACGUUGUCUAUUCAUAUGCUGCGAUCGCGGUCGAGCGUCUGCUCUUCCUGACAGAUGACUCGGGUAAAGCGAUGUUUCCCCGCGAGGACAUCCAGCCCUUCGCCAAGGACCUGCUUGAUCACCUUUUCAAGCUCAUCGAGAAAGAGAGGACGCCUGCCAAGCUCCAGGAGAACGAAUUCCUGAUGAGAUGCGUCAUGAGAAUCCUCAUCGUUCUCAAGGAAGGAGCUGCACAUCUCGUUGAGGGUGUCCUGACUCACCUGGUUGCUAUCACAAACAUGAUCAAGCAGAACCCCAGCAACCCACGCUUCUACUACUACCACUUCGAGGCUCUUGGUGCUCUCAUCAGAUACUGCUCUUCGACGCACGCGUCCCUUUUCAACCAGCGCCUCUGGGAACCGUUCAAUCAGAUUCUGGUUGAGGACGUUACUGAGUUCCUCCAGUAUAUCUUCCAGAUCCUCGCACAGCUUUUGGAGUCGAGCCCGGCGGAUGCCAUCUCGGAAAAUUACAAGGCUUUCUUGUCCCCUCUUUUGGAGCCGGCGCUGUGGGACACCAAAGGGAACGUUCCGGCUUGCACCCGGCUUCUCUCGUCAAUCAUCCCAGCGACCUCGGGCUACAUUGUCUCAGACAAUAAGCUUGAGCAGAUACUGGGUAUUUUCCAACGACUCCUUGCUGUCAAGAAAUACCAGUUGUAUGCUUUCGACGUCCUGGAGGCAGUUGUGAAAUCUCUUGAACCUGGCGUCGUCGACCAGUACUUUGGUACAAUCCUCAGCUUGAUCUUCACCAAGCUGCAAGGCAACCCUCCCGACUCGUUGAAGCUCCGCUUCGCUCGGUUCUUCCAUCUCGUCUCGGCCCGCGUCGAGGCUGGUUAUGGAGCCGACUACUUCAUGAAGCACUCUGAGAAGAUCCAAGAGGGAAUAUUUGCCAAGGUUUACCCGCCGUUCGUCUUGGCCGAGACGGAGAAGCUGGCGCGCCCUGUCGACCGCAAGCUUGCAGUAGUCAGUCUUACUAAGACUCUCUGCGAUUCGCAGGCUUUUGCGCAGAAGUUCGCCAAGGGCUGGGCCAACACGUGCAGGAUCCUCCUUGCCCUACUGGUAAACCCGCCUGUGGUGUCGGCUGGUCUUGGUGACGAGCUGAUCGCCGAGGCCGACGUUGACGACAUUGGCUUUGGCCUCUCGUAUACGGCACUCAACACGUGCAAACCGAUUGCGCGCGACGAUUACCCAGAGGUCACCGCGGUGGCUCCCUGGGUCAGCGCGUACAUCAGCUCCGCCAACCAGCGUCACAACGGCGCCAUUGUCAACUUUGUCAACACGCGUCUUACGCCCGAACAGCAGCAAGCACUCCAGCAGUACUUGCAAUAGGAAGCGCUACCGAGCGGCGGAAUGGGUUUACCAGACAAUUGUGCAUUCUCCACGGCCUAUGGCGGAUGGAAGAGGCUCCAGUAGGAGCCACAGAACGAGGUCGUAGAUGAGACGAGCAGCGCCGAAUAGCGUCGCCGGAUGGGUUACUGGGAUGGAUAGAAAAGAGUCUCCCAGCAGGACUGAUUCACUUCAGGCGUCUGCGGCGGAAGAUAUCAUGAGCAACUCGACUACGGCCCUUGGACAGGUGGUACAAAUCGGCACCAAAGCUAUUGCUAGCCGAUUAUGCUUUGCUGUUCAAUUUUUUCUUUUUUUAUUCUCCAGCGUGAGCUUGCUGCAUUGAGCCGAUAGUGGCGUUGGUGACAACCACCUCCUCCUCUUGAUAUCUAGCAUAGGAAAAAGCAAAAAGUACUUCGUUUCCAAAGAACAAC